CUGUGUCAAAGUUUGUGAAAUCAUUUUCAUUUUUCACAAAUAUCUAUAUCAUUUUGGAACUCUUUAAUUAGGCUUCAAGUCUUUGAGAAGCUUACAUUUUCCAUGGCUUCAAAUGUUGCUAGAAGGCUCAAAGGUAAGGUUGCAAUCAUAACAGGUGCUGCUAGCGGCAUUGGUGAAGCAGCUGCGAGACUCUUCUCAAUACAUGGAGCCAAAGUGGUGAUUGCAGACAUUCAAGACGAGUUGGCUCAAAAAGUUUGCAAAGAUUUGGAUCCAACAUCGACAACAUUUGUGCAUUGUGACAUUACGAAAGAGGAAGACCUAGAAAAUGCCGUGAACACUGCUGUAGACAAGUAUGGCAAGCUAGACAUCAUGUACAACAAUGCUGGUAUAGUUGGAAUAAUCAAAUCCAACAUUCUUGAAGAUGAAAAAUCUGAAUUCGAAAAAGUCACUAGUGUUAACCUCGUAGGUACAUUUCUUGGGACUAAACAAGCAGCACGAGUAAUGAUCCCUAAUGGCCGAGGUAGCAUAAUUACCACUGCAAGUAUUACUGCUACCAUAGGUGGUAGUGGUUCUCAUGCCUAUACAUGUUCAAAACAUGGUGUGUUAGGACUCACUAGGAAUGCUGCAGUGGAUUUAGGACGUUUUGGAAUUCGUGUGAAUUGUGUAUCACCAUAUCUUGUUCUCACACCAUUAGCUUUGGAUUACUUAAAGAUGAAUGGUAAGAAAGCCUCUGAUGUGUAUUCAACAUUAAAUGGUGCUACACUUACUCCAAAGGAUGUGGCUGAAACAGCUCUUUUCCUCGCAAGUGAUGAGUCUAAGUAUGUGAGUGGCCAGAAUUUUAUUGUUGAUGGAGGAUUCACUGCUGAGAAUCCAGGUUUAUCAAUUUUCAAGUAAUUUUAUAAUUGGUAGUUACAUGUGGAGUUGUGGCAUAUUAUGUUACUUGCAAGCAAAAGUUUUGUUUUACUUGUUUUCAUUGGAUGUGAGUCCAAAAUUUGUACCAGCUAGUAAUAUGGUUUUUCUUUUUCACUACAAAAUUUUAUCAUAAGUUUAAGACGUUAAAUUUAAUGACAAUUGUUCUUCCCUUGUUUUUUA